AACUCAUUCGUGUGCAUUUCUUGUCCCUCCGUUCCGUGACAUGGCAGAGACACGCCGCUCCUCGCGCAUUGCAGCGCAACCCAAGAAAGACGAACUUCCGAAACCUGUGCGCAACCCCACAAAGAAGAGGUCGACUGGUGAGGAGGACGGCCCCGCCGCCAAGAAGGCCAAGAACGAGGAGCAGCCCACUGAAACUCAGGAGGGCGAGCAGCCUGCGGAUGCAAGUGUUGGGGACGCCAGGGUAGAGGGAGCACAGUCACAAGCGGACAACGCUGUGAAGCCGAUUGACAUUGGCGACACUCUGCCCUCUCUGACUCUCAAGAACGAACAGGGUGAAGACGUCGAUGUAUCCACGCUCACCGUCGAGAAGGGAGUUAUUAUGUUCUUGAUUCCUAAAGCUGACACUCCCGGAUGCACUACUCAGGCGUGCGGCUUCCGCGACGCGUAUCCCAACUUCACCGAGGUCGGCUAUGACGUGUACUGCCUGAGCGCAGAUAGCCCGGCUGCCCAGAGCAAGUGGCAGUCCAAGAAGGAGCUUCCGUACCCUUUGCUAUCCGACCCUAAACGUGUCCUCAUUACGGCGCUCGGUGCGGGUGAAGGCGGAAAGACCAAGCGCAGCCACUUCAUUUUUGAGAAGGGCGGCAAGCUCAUUAAGAAGGAGCUGCCAGUGAAGCCCGCUGAUAGCCCUCUGCAUGCCCUCGAGUUCGUUAAGAGUCUCAACAAGGCCUCGGCCUCAGACAAAGUCAUGGGAGAACAGCAGCAAGAGGGGAAGACAGAGGCCGAAAAGGCUUCUGAGCACGAGCAGACGGAGCAGGGCGCAUCUUCUGAUCAACCCAUGGCGACAGAUUGAAGAACAUCAUGAUGCAUUGGUUGUGCUGAGGAUAUUAUCUUGGGUUCGGAAUCGUAGUAUCUUGAGUAUGCUUUGUAGCACGUUUAUCCGUCGCGAUGGAGAACACAUGCUUGUGAUUUGUCUUUAUCGUC